AUGGAGAGUACCUGGAGGAUCUGUGUCUGUGUCUAUUGCUGUCUCCACUGGUUUUCUUCUAACAUCCAGUGUUCCCCCCACUCCAGGGCUCAUCCCAGCUCUGCCAAGACCUCAGGGUUUUUGGGGGCCCCUAAGGGCACAGCCAGUGACCUCAACCCCUUGCUGCAGCUGCCCAGAAGUGUCAGGGGUGGCUAUGCCCUCCUGCCUCCCCUUCUCAAGGUGCUGUCUGACCGGGGCCAGCAGAGCUGGGCAAGUGAGAGCCCCAGGCUGCAGCCAGACUCCAGAGCCCUUCGGUACAUGAAGAGGUUGUAUAAGAUGUCUGCUACCAAGGAGGGGAUCCCAAAGGCUAACAAAAGCCACCUCUAUAACACAGUCCGGCUUUUCACCCCCUGUUUGGAAUGUGAGCACCCCCCCAGGGACCUCAGGAAAGGAGACGUUCACUCGGUGGAUUUACUCUUCAACCUGGAUCGUGUCACUGCCCUGGAGCACUUACUCAAGUCUGUCCUGCUCUAUUCCUUUGACACCUCCAUCCCCGUUUCUUCCUCCAUCAGGUGCCUGUGUCGUUUGGCUGUGAAGGAGCAGGGUUCCUCCAGCCAGGUCUGUCCCAGCCUCUCUCACUCUCCAGCUUUCAGCCUGCACUUUGAAGCCAGGAAACGCCGGUGGCUGGAGAUGGACGUCACCUCUUUCCUCCAGCCCCUGAUUGCCACCCACAGGAGGAACAUCCACAUGGCCCUGAACUUCACCUGUCUGCUGGGUGACCCACAGCACAGCACCAAACUGGUGACCCCCCUCAACACAGCACUGGUCCCCCCUUCCCUUCUCCUUUACCUGAAUGACACCAGCGAGCAGGCACAUCACAGGUGGAACUCCCUGGGGCACAGGAGGACAAACCCAGCCUGGCCCCGGCCAGGGGACAGCCCACGCCUGGAUCCCACGGGUGACCAAGGACACGAGGAUUCACAGGGCAAAAGGGCUUCUCGGCGGCGAAGAGAGGAGCACCCAAAAGGAGCCCCGUCAGCAACCCCACCUUACAACCUCAGCCAGUAUUUCAAGCAGUUCGUUUUCCCCCAAAACGAGUGCGAGCUGCACAGCUUCCGCCUCAGCUUCAGCCAGCUGAAAUGGGACAAGUGGAUCAUCGCACCCCACAGGUACAGCCCCCAGUACUGCAAAGGGGACUGCCCCAGGGUGGUGGGGCACCGCUACGGCUCCCCGGUCCACACCAUGGUGCAGAACAUCAUCUACGAGAAGCUGGACCCCUCUGUCCCCAAGCCCUCCUGUGUCCCCGCAGAGUACAGCCCACUCAGCGUCCUCACCAUCGAGCCCGACGGCUCCAUCGUCUACAAAGAGUAUGAAGAUAUGAUUGCCACCAAGUGCACCUGUAGGUAG